AUGACUUCGUACACUGAUGUGACGGCCGGUGCCGUCUCGGGCAAAUUGUCCAAGUCGCGGAGCAAACCGGUGGUGAAGCCGAUACUCAAAAAGCUGUCGCACUCGGAAAAGAACUCGCUGGAUCUGGAUCGUGGUUGGGAUGAGCAGCAGACGAUGUUUGGCAACUAUGGGAGCAGCUUGGGAGGUAGCAGCCUGGGGCGAGAGAGGGAAGGUUCUUUUGGAGGAAGGGACGUCAGCUUCAGCAUUUCGGCUACGGAACUCCACCACAGUGGCAGUAUCAACAACGGCAGGAGCAAAUUCUCCCACGCCCGGUCGACCAGCGGCACCUCCCACGUCAGUGUUGCUACAAGCGGCAGUGGCCAGCGAAACGGCAGCUUCGUCCACCCUUUCCAGCAGACACCACGCACCUCAUCACCGCCCCUCUCGUACGCCAAUUCACUCACCAGCAUCGAACACGCCAACAGCAACAGCAACAGCAAUACCAACAUAUCGGCCAGUGUACCUGCUCCCCGCGACUACUCCCCGACGAUAACAGAAGACGACGACGAUCUGCUGGAUCAUCAGUAUUUACAUCAUCGCAGCAAUUACCACGCGCCCGCGUCUUCUUCCAUCCCCAUCACCAGCAAUCCCUCUUCUACCUCUUACCCCAGGCGACCUUCACUGGCAAGCCGGACUUCCUCUUUAUCCGAUAUCAACAACCAAACUAGCCCUCCAUCAUUGCGCAUCAACACCAGUCGUACAAAUUCAAACAACACAUCAUCUCGACUAGUCCACGUAUCUAGUCACUCAGAUAUCAACAUCCCAGCAGGCAGGCUGUCAGAGUCCGCUGCGCCCAGCACAGCACCUGUGCUUUCACCUCUAUCCUCAGCCUCACCCUCAACAUCAGUCACUGCCAUGUCACCCCUUCGCACCUCCCUCGAGGGCUUCCGCCUUCGCUCUCGUUCUGAGCUUGACUCCAACUAUCACCAGGAACGUAUCAGACAGGAGCGUCGUCGCUGGGAGGAGAAGGAGCGCCUCAAGAGUGAGAAGCGAGACAAGGAGGACAUGCGCAAGCGAGAGCGUGCUGAUAUCAAAGAGGCCCAGCGCCAUGAGCGUGAGCAGCAGCAGAUGCUCAAGCGAGAGGCAAAGGAGGCCGCCCGAAAGCAGAGUUUCUCUCACAGCACCCGCAACAGCUCAAGCGACAUCAUCCGCCCCUCCAUCAGCCGCAAGAAGACCGGCCCUGAUGCCGAGAAGCUGGCCAUGGGAGCUCAGGGCGAUGUUGGAUUCGCCAGCCGCAACUACGAGAGCACCGACCAGGGCCAAGCGCCUGUUGCUGAUGAGCUGAUACUCGAAGGACCCCGCCGCUCCCAGACUGCCAAGCGCAAGACGCAGGGUGCCUGGACGAGCUUCGUCCUUUGGUUCCGGACUAGAAUUCUGCGACUUCACAACAACAUGGCCAAGAAAUAA